AUGGCUUCCAAUCCCCCUGCCGCUUGCUGUGCCUCUGGCUUCAAGCACGAGGUCAACACCUACGUCACCUACCCCAAGGACAAGAGCGUUGACAAAGCCGUCCUCUUCCUUACUGACAUCUUCGGCAUUUACCCCAACGCCCAGCUCCUGGCCGACGAGUUCGCCAACAAUGGCUUCCUGACCGUCAUCCCCGACCUGUUCCAGGGCGACCAGAUCUCCGUCAGCGACAUGGACUCCGGCAAGGUCGACUUCCCCUCCUGGCUCCCCAAGCACCAGCCCAGCAAUGUGGACCCCAUCAUCGAGAAGACCAUCAAGUACAUGCGUGAGACCCUCGGUGUUAAGAAGAUCGCCGCUGUCGGCUACUGCUUCGGUGGCAAGUACGUCUGCCACUUCCUGAAGCCCGGUCAGAUCGACGUUGGUUUCUCUGCCCACCCCUCCUUCAUUACCCAUGAGGAGCUCGGUGCCAUCAAGGGUCCUUUCUCCAUCGCUGCUGCUGAGACCGACUCCAUCUUCACCACCCAGCUCCGCCACGAGUCCGAGGAGACUCUCAUCAAGGCCGCCCAGCCUUGGCAGAUCAACCUGUUCAGCGGUGUCUCACACGGUUUCGCCGUCCGCGCCGACCUGAGCGACAAGACCCAAAAGUGGGCUAAGGAGCAGGCUUUCUGCCAGGCUGUUGUCUGGUUCAACCAGUACCUGUAA